UGGCGUUUACUCUCAUACCGUUACUGACAUCAUGGCGGGCCAGACAGUCAUUGCUGGAAUUGUGUGCCUUUUCGUCUUAACUCUCGCCUCCGAAAAACGUAUUUUGCUAAAUGACCCCGCGUAUGUGUCCCAGCAACUCACCCAUCUACAGUCGGAGCUACAGGAGCUACGAGUCAAGGCUGGAAACCAAGAGCAGACCGUGACCACUCUUCAACAGACCGUAUCUGACCUCCAACAGACCGUCACCAAUCAACAAUCUGUUAUCAUGAAAAUGGCACAGGAAAGUGGUAAAGGCGUGGUGUACAGCAGAUGGGGAAGGAAGGACUGCCCUGCAGGCAAUGACACACAGCUCGUUUACUCUGGGUUUGCUGGCGGUUCUUACUAUUCAUCCCCCGGCGGUGCAGCCGACACCUUGUGCAUGCCUCCAGAACCAGUUUGGGGGCCCAGUAAAAACAAAGCUGCACAUAUCCAAUCAUAUGUAUAUGGCGCCGAAUAUGAAGAUACAGGCAUGUUUGGUAUGCCAAACUUGAGCGAAGACGUGCCAUGCACAGUGUGCAGGAACACGGUCCAUUCUGUCAUCACCAUGGUUCCCGGCCGAGCCACGUGCUACCCGGGAUGGACAGAGGCUUUUCAUGGUCUCCUUACAGCGGGAAAUCCAGCGGAAUCAGCAGCCUCCGAGUACCUGUGUGUAGACGAGCACCCACAGGCGGUAUUAGGGGGUGGGAACACGAAUGAUAAUGGAAAAUUGUUCUAUGCCGUAUAUUCAAAAUGUGGAUCCUUGCCUUGUCCCCCGUACGAAGACGGAAAAACGUUGUCAUGUUCUGUUUGUAUGAUGUGAAUAAAGCAAUGCUUGCUACUUUGUUAAAGUCA